UUAGUAGGCAACCCGUACCAAGUGUUACUUUAGUAACCGUACUAAGUGAGAUAUUUUUGUGUGUGAUUUGUUAAAAACUUAAGAUUGGUUACUUGUUGAUUUAUACAAUGCAACCUAUUUUGGUGAAUAUGAAAAAUUCACAGCUGUAAUUAAAUGAGCACGCAGGCACGUGCUUAUGUGAGUUCAUAGUUCGCCUAUUUAUUUCGAACAAACAUUAACAGUUUAGAUUUGUUGAUGAGUGCUUAAACAAAUAUAAUCCUUUAUGGUUGUGUACACAAUUCCAAGUAUCACGUUUUUGAUUGCGCAUAAAUCUAAAUGUCGAAAUGAUAUCGUCGUUUAGUAAUGUAUAUAAAAUGCACCAGAGAACACAAAUCAUGAGAACUACAACGUUCAUAAAGAGGCGCUUUUCAUCAGCCCAUAUAACACUCAAAGAUUCAAAUUACAUCACAAGAGAGUUUGAAGAAAUCUCUAUUCCAGUCCCCUGGGGUCAUCUUAAGGGAAAAUGGUAUGGCACCAGAAAUGUUAGACCCAUCCUCGGGUUGCAUGGAUGGCAGGACAAUGCAGGUAGUUACGACACGUUGGCACCACUAUUACCUAAUCAUCUUGGAUUUCUUUCAAUGGAUUUACCUGGUCAUGGGCAUUCUUCGUGGUUGCCGUUGGGAAUUUCUUAUCACUCCAUUGAUUACGUAUCGUUAUUGUUGCGAGUAAUGGAUUAUUUUCAAUGGGACAAAAUCUCAAUGAUUUGCCAUUCUAUGAGUUCCAUAAAUGGGUUCGUAUUUAGCGCUCUUUUUCCUGAAAAGGUUGAUAUGAUGGUCGGAUUGGAUGUACUAAAGCCAUUAGCACGGAGUAGUGAAAAAAUAGUAGACAAUUAUAAAAAUUGUAUGAACAAUAUCAUUUUACAUGAAAACCGUAUAAUCAGUUCAGAGCCACCUUCUUAUGAUUGGGAUGAAUUGGUCGAUCGUUUAUAUUACGGUUCAAAAAAAUCUGUUGAAAGGGAAGCGUGUAAAUUUUUGUUAAAGCGAGCAAUUCGUCCAUCUAAAGAUUAUCCUCAAAAGUAUUACUUUGCACGAGAUAGUAGAUUAAAAACAACGUAUUUUUACAGUUUUAGUAAAGAAGUACCAAUAGAAAUGGCACGCUAUAUAAAUUGUCCCUAUGUGUUCAUUAAAGCAUUACAAGCCCCUUAUUACGAAUCACGCCAACAUUUUGAUAAAACAUUGGAUAUUAUGAAACAAAACCCCCAUUUUGAAUACUAUGAAGUGGAAGGAACCCAUCACGUUCAUUUAAAUGAUCCAAUCAAAGUUGCUCCAAUAAUAAAUUCUUUCAUCCAUAAAUGGCGACCGUCUUGAAUACAAAACCAAAUUAUAAUCAAUAAUCCCUACUAUAAUAUAAAUAUUGAUCAUCAUGAAACUUUAUACACAUAUUCCUAAUGGUAUUAGAAAGGCUAUUGAAUAUUUAUUGUCAAAAAAUAUAUACAAAUAUGCAUGUAUCUUUUACGGAUUGUGAAAAGAUUUUUUUAACAGUUAUGAUUGAAAACAUUUAUUUUUGCAUAUUGUUUGUCGAAAAUUUUUAGGUGCACCAAAAAUGCAAAAUUAUACAAAAUUAGGUUUCUUGUUGUUGUUGUGGCGGCAGACUUCUUCCUAGUUGACAGUCCUUGGCCGGAUAAAAUCCGGGUCGGUUCCGGCUACGUAGGCCCGAAUGUCGGGGGGACGGUUUAGGUUUAGAACAAAAUUAGGUUUCUGUUUACCACCACCACGAAGAUUAUCAGCGUGGUAUGGUAUUUAUUAAGGGAUUCAAUGUGAGUGAAGCCACGAAUAAAGGUGAUCAAUAAUAAAACAAUGUUAAAAAAAUUUCUGAGUAGAUACAUACAUACGAAGAAAUAAUCUUAUUUCAUUAUUUUGAAGUGCUUUUUGUUAUCGAAAGUAAGCUAAUUUCACCUUGACGUUUCUAUACUUAUAACUACUUGUCCCGCGAACUAUUUAAAAAAUUUUAAAAAUAUGUUGCGUGAAGUUUAGGUAAAACGACGAAUGUAAUGUAUUAUGUUGAAAAAUUGUAAGACUAUAGUAAUAAUAAACAAAUUGUAAAUACAUUAUUGAAAUGAAUAUAAAAGUACUGUCCAUCGCCCUAGAGGCAAAGAAUUUGAUUGUAUAUACACCAAAAAGACAAUUAAGCAUGGGGGCGGAAAUAUAAUGGUGUGAGAAUGUUUAUCAUGGCAAAGCGUUGGUCCGUUAUUUUGGAUAAACGACAAUGACCACCAUUGAGAACAGAGACAUUUUGCAAAACGUGUUAUCCACAAUAUAACUACCAGAAACAUACAUCGAGUUUGGUAUCUGAGUGGUUCAGGGAUACAAAUGUGACCUGUUUAAUAAAGUAAAGCGUAAAUAUGUCUAAAACAAAAUUUAUGUAAAUGCAAUUAUUUAAAGUUAUUAAAUAAAAACUGUGUACACCUAUUA